CGCCACCGUCUCUGUCCAUCCUUGGUACUGGCAAUGGCCUUCGUAUCGCCCGAUGCACUUGUGACUGAAUUGAACACAGAAUACUAAGAACUCACUUCCGUCCCCAUCCUAGCCGCGCCGGCGGUAAACACUUCGGCUCAUUAGGGCUCAUUGCUGCUCCUCUUUGACCGUCCGACUUUGGGAGCACCAUGGACCAAAGUGGGAUGGAGAUUCCUGUGACCCUCAUCAUUAAAGCACCGAAUCAGAAAUACAGUGACCAGACUAUUAGCUGCUUCUUGAACUGGACCGUGGGGAAACUAAAAACGCAUCUAUCUAACGUGUACCCUAGCAAACCAUUGACGAAGGAUCAGAGAUUGGUUUAUUCUGGCAGACUGCUUCCUGAUCAUCUGCAGCUGAAAGACAUUCUCAGAAAACAAGAUGAGUAUCAUAUGGUUCAUCUAGUUUGUACUUCUCGGACUCCUCCCAGUUCUCCAAAAUCCAGUACCAAUAGAGAAAGUCGGGAAGCGUUGGCAUCCAACAGCAAUUCUAGUUCAGAUCAUUCAGGAUCAACAACUCCAUCAUCCAGUCAAGAAACUUUGUCGUUAGCUGCCGCGUCUUCCUCUGAAGGAUUGAGGCAGCGUACCCUUCCACAAGCACAAACUGACCCAGCACAGUUUCCAUAUGUAAUGCAAGGAAACAUAGAUAACCAGUUUCCUGGGCAAGCUGUAGCACCUGCAAUCCCAGUGUAUCCUGCUUUCAGCCCACUGCAGAUGCUGUGGUGGCAACAGAUGUAUGCUCAUCAGUAUUAUAUGCAAUAUCAAGCUGCAGUUUCAGCUCAGGCCACAUCAACUGCUAACCCAGCCCAGCCUGCUGUAUCACAGCCUCUAAAUUUGCCACAUGUUCCUGGAGAAGAACCCCCACCACCCCCAAACCUUGUGGCCCAAGAAAAUCGACCCAUGAAUGAGAAUGUUCAAAUGAAUGCACAGGGAGGUCCAGUGCUAAAUGAAGAAGACUUCAAUCGUGACUGGCUAGACUGGAUGUACACAUUCUCACGUGCUGCCAUUCUCCUUAGCAUUGUUUACUUCUAUUCUUCUUUUAGUCGGUUUAUCAUGGUAAUGGGAGCCAUGCUACUGGUUUAUUUACACCAAGCUGGAUGGUUUCCUUUUAGGCAAGAAGGAGGUCAGCAACAGGCUCCCAACAACAUUGAUGUUAACAAUGAUGGGCAAAAUGCAAACAACUUAGAACUUGAAGAAAUGGAGCGCCUUAUGGAUGAUGGGUUUGAUGAUGAGAGUGGAGAAGAUGGAGGUGAAGAUGUCGGUGCAAUUCAAAGGCCUGGAUUAAUAGCUUCAGCUUGGUCUUUUAUCACCACCUUCUUUACGUCACUAAUACCAGAGGGGCCUCCCCAGGUUGCCAAUUAGACCUGAAAAACUGUGCCUGCAGCAAAGGAGGGUCUGACUUUAGGAAAGUGGUUUAAAUAACAGUGCAAUUUCAAAAAAAAAUUUAUAACUUUCUUUUGAUCAUCAUGUACAGAGGUGUUCUUUUCUUUAAGCUCCUCAUGCAUAUGAAUAUUUUAAGCACAAAUGGACUACUAAAUGUGUGAUUUUUUUUUUUUAAAGAUCCUAACAGAAUAUAGCAUAACAAUAUUGGUCUUCCAGGUUUUUUUUUUUUUUUUCAUUUCAAUUAUGUGUAGUGUAUCAAGACAGACUUACUUGGGCAUAUUAUUUCUUUAAAGAGCUGCUUCAACUAUAAAUGUCUAUAGCUAGUAGCCCAGCCCUUCAAUGUGUAAUUUGAAUAAAUAUAUCUAUUUUCUGUGAAUUAUCCUGAAAGUUUUAAACAGAAUGACCUCAUAGUUUUUAAUAAAGAAUAUUAUUUACCUAAAAUGUGCUAGUAGCAUCUUGCCCAGCCAUAAGCAAUAAACUUGUCAAUAAUCUUAAUUUUGACAUUUGAAUAAAUGAUGGAAACUUUCUAUUUUAAGGGCAUGUAUCCCAUCUGUUGGAAUUAGUACUUUAAAAAGAAAAAAAGGCAGCUCUUCAGUGGAAUUAACAGUGAUAUAAAAUGUUUGAUACAGGCAGUACUUUUAUAAAAAAAAUGCUAGAAAUUGCUCCCUGUAAUUUUUUAAAUAAAAAGUCAACUAUGAAUUAUGGUAAAUGGUCUUAUGGGAUAUUUGUUCAAACUUUCAGUAACUAACCUAUUUACUUGCACAAAUCUAUGUAAACUUCAGCUGUUGUUUAGAAGGGUUGCUGAAGUCUUUAAGGUCAUGUUUACCUUUUUUCCUGUCUGAUGGAUAUUUCCUAAUUCUUAGGUAAUCUGGAGCCUUUGCAAUUUAUUUAAAAAUCUCUGUAAAAGCCAAUGUAAUAUUUCAUAAGAAAGGAGCAAAGUUUUAUAAGAUAGCCAAUUAAAAUCAAACAUGUGGAUGGGAGAACUUAUGUCAUGUGAAAUGCAUUGUAAAAUUAUGAAGGUACUACUGGCAUAGGAAUGUAUAGUUAGGUAACAGAACAGAGUGGGAGAUUUAGAAAAUAUCUUUGAAUUAUUAUCUAAGUUGUUUACUUAUAAUGUUAAAGGUGACAUUUCAAGGGGUAACUGGUUUAUCUCUUGAAAAGUAAUUAGGUUUCUAUCUGUAUGUGUCAAUGAAGACAUCAUGACUCAGAAUCAAACCAUGGAAAUAUGAGUAGAAAAUAUAGGAAAAUAAAAUUGGGGUAAGAAACUAUCUUUAUAGCAGAAUUCCUAAAAGAAAAGAUUGCUGUAUAUGUAGUAUUUUAGCAUAUAUAAUUUAAAGGCAAAUAGGUGAAAAAAAGAUGGAAAUAUAAUAAAUGGAGUCUCCAGCCGGUAGAAAAAAAAAUUGAGGUCCAGUUUAAAAAAAAUAAAACACCCAAUUAAGAAGUGGGUGGUAAACACUGGGGUGGUGGGGGUGGAGCAAAGUACUAUAGUAUCUAGAAGUUACUAUCAACUUUGUAAGAUGAUACUUGGUAUUGAAGCUAUAGGGGAAUGUGAAGUAGCAAAAUUGUGUGCCAAAUCAUUCAUUGUCAUCCUGUUAUUCUUAGAAUAAAGAUAAAACUAACAUGAUUUACAAAAUCCUGAAA